AUGGGCUUAGUCGAAGACCUCGCUGGGAGCCUCUCCCUGAAGAAUACCCCGAUCAUCCUUGGAGGGCUGCUUCUCGGUUUGAUUGCCCUCAGACAUUUGCAGGUAGUAUGGGAAAACUUCAGAAUCAACAGAAUGGGCUUGCGGCCUCCCAAGAUCCGAGACACUGGACUUUAUGGCGAAUCAGACCAUACUAACCAUCCCAAAGGCACCAAGUUCAUCAGGACCACCAUCAAGAUGGCAGCUGAGCACGGAAACCUCCGGCUUUGGCAGCAGAUGUUCAGAAGCAUCGGUGGAUACACUGGCGAGGUCAGGCUUGUUGGUCGUCGAAUCGUUUUUACCUCGGAGCCGGAAAACAUCAAGGCCAUUCUGGCCACCCAAUUUGGAGACUACGGCAAGGGCGAAGGCUUCCAUCGGGAGUGGAAGGAUUUCUUGGGUGACAGCAUCUUCACGACCGAUGGCGAUAUCUGGCACGCCAGCCGUCAACUGAUCCGUCCCCAGUUCAUCAAGGACCGUGUCAGUGACUUGGAAUGUUUUGAGAAUCAUAUGCAAAUGCUAUUCCGCACAAUCGCCAAUGGAGGAGCCCUAAGUGGUGAGGAUCAGAUGGUCGAUAUGGAAGCUGGUAACGGGAAGCCGGUCGAUAUCAGCGAUCUCUUCUUUCGCUACACUCUGGACGCCGCCACCGAUUUCCUCCUUGGCAAAGAUAUCAAGUCGUUGAGCACCCCUGUACAACCUUUUGCCGAUGCGUUCCAGGAGGUACAACGGGUACAGAGCGUCAUCGCCAGGGCCGGACCUCUCAACCGUUUGGUGCCGAGAAAGACCUUCUGGGAAGGAUUGAAAGUCAUCGACGAAACUAUCAACUUCUACAUCGAGCGCGCCCUUCGACUUGAUGAGGAGGAGCUUGCGAGCAAGUCCAAGGGAGACGAGGGUUACACUUUCCUCCAUGCCCUUGCUGGUUUCACCAAAAACCGCCAAGUGUUGCACGACCAGCUGAUGGCCGUUCUCCUUGCCGGACGUGACACAACCGCUUGCACCCUCUCAUGGACAGUUUACGAGCUCGCCCGCCAUCCCGAAACUGUGGCGAAGCUACGCGCCGAGAUCCUCUCCGUUGUCGGACCUGACCGCGCUCCCACAUAUGACGAUCUCAAGAGCAUGAAGUACCUUCAGAAUGUCAUGAACGAGACUCUGCGGCUGUACCCCGUAGUUCCUUUCAAUGUACGGAUGGCCCUCAAGGAUACUACUCUCCCCCGUGGUGGUGGUCCCGAUGGCUCUCAGCCGAUUGCCAUUCUCAAGGAUACACCCAUCGGUUAUAGCACUCUCGUCAUGCAACGCCGAUCCGAUCUGUACCCUCCCAUCAGCGAGAAAUUCCCAGAUGUCGAUGUCUUCUCUCCAGACCGCUGGUUCCAUUGGCAGCCGAAGCCAUGGCAGUAUAUCCCGUUCAACGGUGGCCCGCGUAUCUGCAUUGGCCAGCAAUUCGCCCUUACCGAAAUGGGAUAUGUGCUCACGCGACUAUUCCAGCGGUACGAGAGGGUGGUGAGCUACAUGGAUGAGAUUGAUGGAGGCAAGCCAAGGAUGAAGAGUGAUAUUGUCUUGAUGCCUGGUGAUGGAGUCAAGGUUGCGUUCUUUGAGGCGAAGCGGGAGUGA